GAACCUGCUGAUACCAGAAGGCUUCCCCUCUGAGCGACCGUGGGCUAGGUUCUCUGUGAAGGUUUAUCGAGCUGAAGGCCUUCCAAGGAACAACUCCAGCAUCAUGGCCAACGUCACCAAGGCCUUCAUAGGAGACAACACAGCACUCAUCGACCCAUAUGUAGUGGUCAGCUUCUUCAAAAGAGUGGGUCGCACAUCCACUCAGAAGUCAACAGCAGACCCGGUGUGGAACGAGCAGAUCGUCUUCACAGAGAUGUUCCCCCCUCUGUGUCAGAGACUGAAGAUCCAGGUCUGGGAUGAGGGGAGCAUGAGCGAUGUUGCCAUAGGAACACACUACUUUGACCUGAGACGCAUCUCUAAUGAACAGGAUGGUGACAGAG